GUCAUCAAUGGCGUGUCUAUUGGACUUGCCCGAAGAGGUCUUGAUCGUCUUGGGGCAAUACCUAGGCGGACCAGACCUCCUCCAGUUGAGUCAAGUAUGUUCCAGACUUUGGAGAGUGUUCCACAAUGACUACGUUUGGCGUCGCGUUUUAGCCUUAGAAAACUACCAAAACCACAAGGCGUUCCAUAAAUUAGCCGCCUCCGUAGCUCCUCUACCAUGUGUGGAAAAACUCAACUACAUCCUUCAUACCCGGGUUCGUCGUCGAUGGCAGAAGGGUCAGUUUACCCCGACCUGCUUACCUCUCAGUGAGCGUAUCAAAUACGGGAACAAUGAGCGAUAUUUGGUGCGGAUUACCCGAAAGCAAGCCGAUUCUUGGACGGCGCAAGUGUUUGAUAUCUCGGGGCCGGGAUUGCGUCCUCUCAUCACCCAACAGCUGGAAAUGGCCUUGAAGACGGAUUUCUUGCUCCAAUUGAACUCGAUUCUCGUGGCUAAACACACUGCCUUAUUGUGUUUUAGUGGCGAGGGCAAUGAUGCCCCCCAGGAGCUGAUUGCUUUCGAUCUUCUGGACAAGUUCAAGGAGUUGUGGCGAGAGAGCAUCUCGGAUUGGGGACACUUGAAGUUGCCCACUCUCUUUGGGGAUGGGGUGUACAAGUUGAAUUUAUUGACCGAUAAGAUCGAGAUCUAUGAUGUCCGCACUUUCAAGUUGCACCACUCGAUUCCUCUGGUGGAGGAAAUGCGAUAUCCGCAAGGUGAAAUCUCCGGGGAUGGCAAGCACCUGGUCAUACCUGGACACAUCACGGCCAGUAACGCUCCAAUCAUCAGUGUGUGGAACAUUCGGACCAGUGUCCAACGUUUCCUGCAGGCCGAUCGCGUGUUCUGUCCGUUCCGAUGGUUCGAGAAGACGGCCGUGAAGCAAGACCGCGUGUACGCCCUCCUCAAUCGCCGAUCCAUGUUCAUUUGGGACGCCAACAGCGGGGCUUGUCUCUCGGAAGUCAGUCUGUCCAAUGCUCGACCGGGCGAGAAGAACCCCGGAUUCCUGUUCCUGGGCGUGUCCAAGUCGUUGGUGGCCACCAUUCACGAUUCCAAUUCCUCCGUGGGCAUCUUCGACGCGAUGGGCGGGCUUAGAACCGUCCUGGAGCCGUGCCACCCUCACUUUAGCCCGUCCGAGUGCGAGAUUUGUGACGUGACCUUCACGGAACAUGUUCUCGUGGUCCGAUUUCUGGUCAUGAAACAACCCAUGUAUCAUGUAGCGUUGUAUCCGUUGAGUCUGGGAUCAGAAUCCAUCCUCCUGGACAGCCCAGCGCCCAUUUUGUUCCCAUUGCAAACGGCAGAGGCGCUUUUCUUGCCCAAUUUGGCCACCACACCCACCAAGUUGCUUCAUUUUGCCGGACAGUCACUUAGAAUUUUGGAUUUUAUGUGAAGAAGGUUCUUUGAAGAAGGUUCUUUGAAGAAGCCAGUGUCGAAAUGUCAGACAUUUUAUUGAUUUCAAGUCUCCAUUAUGAUGAUUGAAGAAAGUAUCAUAUCCAAUAAAUAUGAUUUAUGGAA